GCGGAAGUGAUCCGGACCGAGCCGAGCACAUGGCGGGGGCGGGCAGCACGCUGGGCAAGCCCAAGAAGGGGCAGGGCAAGAGUGCGGAGAAGAUCGCCACACAGAAGGGGCCGGCGGGCACGGCGGGAACGGCGUCGUCGACAGUGGCGGCAGCCGCGUCCCGCUCUCCCGACGCCGGCACUUCCCGCGGCAAAGCGGGCAAAGCUCCUCCUCCGCCCAAGGCCGAGUCGCUGCCGGCCACCAAGAGCGACGAGGCGGCCAAGGCCCCGAAGGCGGCGGAGAAGACGGCGCCAGAGCCGGUGGCCAAGGCAGGGGAGGGGGUGCCGCUGAGGAAGAUCAGCAGCAAGACUCAGCUGGACAAGUUCAUCAAGGACGCGGGCGAGAAGCUGGUGGUCAUCUUCUUCUCGGGCACCUGGUGCGAGACGUGUCAGAGCCUCAAGCCAUACAUGAGGGAGAUGGCCCAGGUGAACACCAACGUCGUCUUCUUCUGUGAGGUGAACGUGGACGAUUCGGAGGACACGGCAGAGGCUUGCGACAUCGUGCACAUCCCCACCUUCCAGUUCUACAAACAGGGGAAGAAAAUAGCCGAGGUGCAGGAUGACAACAAGGCAUCGGUAGAGGACAAAAUCAAGGAAUUGAAGUAGACGUUUCUCUUAAGUAAACACCCCCCCCCUUAUAUGUCAUUAGAAUUAAUUCUGAUUCAGAAACGUUCACUCGAGUGUUGCUUAUUUUACGUGCAGCCAAACCCAACUACAUUGAACGCUCCACAACCUCCUCUUCAAAGCAUCAAUGGAGUGGAACCAAACCUCCCAUUAAGAUUCAAGGCGAGGUGUUCGCUAUACCGUGAGACUGUGCCCAAAUAACUUUUUUUUCAGACAUUGAGAACGUGAGAAUCGGCAUCGAUUAGACAUUGCAAUAAACUGUCAUUGCUCAUCAUAAUCAUUGCUUCUCUCCAAACAUAUUGCACAGAGAAAAGGUCAAGUUUUUCUCUUCCAAGACCGAUUGGUAAAGAAAAUGGUUUCUGCUUUCUUUGUCUCGCCAUCUGUCACUGUACAGACCCCACUAGCAGGGUCAACAUGAGGAUUUCUCAACCCAUCUUUUCUGUAUAUAUUGUGUUAAAUCUGCAAGGUACAGUAAAUGGUGGCCAGGGCAUAUUAGAAAAGACAUUCAUUCUUUACAAUAUUUCUGUGGGAUUGGGUAUUUUGCUACACAUUACUUGUUAGAUAUUUAUUUCCAGAGAUAAAUAUUAAAUUAUUUUUUUAUUGGAGAUAGAUAAUUCAGUUUGUUCCUAUCUGGAAUAUAAAUAGAAACAUCUUCGUCAUAUCUGAUGGAAGAUAUUCUCAUAAAAUAUACUCUAGAUUGCAUUAUUAUAUAGUGAGGCAAGAAUGGGUGAAUUUGUACCAUCCUCUAUCCUAUUAUUGCAUCAGUAAUUAGUAUGACAACAUUCCUACUUAGACCAGUUUUGAUUAAAGUUUUUAAUUUAAAAUAUU